GUCAAUGUCACAAAGUUUAUUGACAGGUCAUUAGAGAGGUCAGGAAAAGAAGGGUUUAAACACAGUUUAACAUUUUCACGAAUGUAGAAACACUAUUUAUGUUCUGGGUUGGUUCCAGAGAAAAUUGUAGUGAUUAUUUGUACAUAUUUGUGAAUUGUUUUUUACCAAAAGUUGAAAUGGCUGGUACGAACGACCGUCAUCUCUAUCCUAACAAUGACACUAGCAGUGAUACUGAAGACUACACAGAUGAUAGGAGAAGAAGAGUCUUCAAAAAUAGAUUAAGUUAUGGAUCACUGUCGAAGCCGAAAUCGUGCCUUGUUCAACGUUCCAUGUCCCUCUCGGAAUCUCGAUGCCAUUCCUUAGCUACGCCUAAGCAAUCCCAUUCUCGCACUAGACAAGAAAAAUACGGAAAACAUCACCCAGAGUACUCUGAUCUGCUUCUUUUCAGAUCCAGAGCAGUUCUACAGCCAGCCAACAACUCGAAAAAUCAAUGUUCACCUCAACAGAAUACCAUCGGAAUAACUAACGCAGAAGAUAGGGUAACUCUUGUUGUAGAUAAUACUCGAUUCGUAGUGGAUCCGGCGAUAUUUACCGCACAUCCGAAUACCAUGUUAGGAAGAAUGUUCAGUUCCUCUUUAGAAUUCACGCAUACUAACGAGAGGGGCGAAUAUGAAGUUGCCGAUGGAAUACCUGCUUCAGUUUUUAGGGCAAUUUUGGAAUAUUAUAAAGGAGGACUUAUCAAAUGUCCACCUUCUGUAUCUGUACAAGAACUACGUGAGGCUUGUGAUUAUUUGCUUGUGCCGUUCGAUGCGAAUACUGUUCGAUGCCAAAAUUUACGUGGUCUUUUACACGAACUAUCCAACGAAGGUGCUAGAUGCCAAUUUGAAGUAUUCCUAGAAGAAUUGAUUCUACCUCUAAUGGUGAAUUCGGCUCAAAGAGGUGAUAGGGAAUGCCACAUCGUCGUCUUGUUAGAUGACGAUUCUGUUGAUUGGGAUGAAGAAUAUCCACCGCAAAUGGGAGAAGAAUAUAGUCAAACGGUCAACAGUACUGCAAUGUAUAGAUUUUUUAAAUAUAUAGAAAAUAGGGAUGUGGCCAAACAAGUUUUGAAGGAUCGAGGAUUGAAAAAAAUACGGUUGGGCAUUGAAGGUUAUCCAACAUAUAAAGAAAAGGUGAAAAAGCGUCCAGGAGGCCGUGCCGAAGUAAUUUACAACUACGUACAACGUCCAUUUAUUCAUAUGUCGUGGGAAAAAGAAGAAGCGAAAAGUCGUCAUGUGGAUUUUCAAUGCGUGAAAUCUAAAAGUGUGACGAAUUUAGCGGAAGCUACAGCAGAUCCUGCAUUAGAACUUGAUUCUCGCGGAAAUCCAAUAGUAUCAUCGAUGAUGGCUGCUAUUCAGCCAAAUCUACCGACAGAUCAGGGCGACGCGCCUUUAAUGCCCGAAAAUGAAGAAGGUGCUGUAGGAGGAUUACCAGAUAUUGAAAAUGUUAAUAAUUCGCCACCCGAAGAACCGAAUUUGUAAAGUAUUCGGUAGUGUUAGAAUUUUUACAAAGUGGGAGAGAUUAAUUUCUUUAUAUAUAGAAAGUUGUGGGGUUAUGUUCAACUUGAAACGAUUAGACGUAACUCCAAGGCUUUUGAUAUGUUUUAGUUGCAGUUAUAUUUUAAAUUAUGAGAUUUUUUAUGAACUAUAAUUUAGUAAAAAAUUUAAUUGUGACCGUGUUUAUUCUUGGGUAGAAGUAAUACGAAAUUCACAAGUUUUGCAUCACCAUUGUAAUCCUGGAAAUUAAUUACAUUCGGGAUAAACGUAGGGGCUUUUUUGGUGGGACCAACCAAUAGCAAAAUCUCUAUAUGACUUGAGAAAAAUAGUGUUUGAAUACGGAUAUGAAAAAAACGAGACCCUUCACAGAACAAAAUUGCUUGUCACGCAGCUGUUAGGCAUCUAUAAACCUUUAAGGACACUAAAGAUUGACCAUAUCUUAUUGAAGCUGUGUAGCAUGAGUAACUCAAAACAGAAGGGGUUAAUUAUAGGUACUAGUUUUAUCUUUUGAAAUUAACUGUAUUUAACAUCAGUAGGUAGUUAUCCAAUUAGAAGAGCUUGUCAAUGCUGCUUUUUUCCUUCAACAACUAAUCACAAAUCUAGUAAAAUACAUAUGCCAAUGUUUUCAAGUUGUAAUAGCAUUAUAUCAAUUUUUGAGACACAAUUCCAUUGAAGUAAUAUUGUGGGUUGAUAUUUGUUGCCUAUUGUAAGCUUUGGCUAUGGAGAAUUGCUUGCAUUAUGUAUAAAAGCCUUAAACACGUAUGUAGAAUGCUUAGGCAACUUCAUUUUGGUACAAUAUGUCAUCACAAAUAAUUUUGACAUCUGUUUGUUAAAUGAUAAAACCUUGUAUAAGAUUGUUAGCGACAUUGAGAUAUUUGUCUAUAAAUGAUAGUUUUUAAUCGCUUAUACUAGAUUUAUACAUUUUUGGCUUCCUCGACACUUCAACAUUCAUAACUAUGUUGGGCAUUCGGGAGUUUUCCAUAUGUUGAAUAUUCCAGACCAUUAGAUUUUUGGAGCUUUGAUGAAAUUAAGAAUGUCUUGAUUUUGUAGAAUGUUUACCAUAUGAGACUACUGGGAUUAUAAGAGUUUUAUAGAUCUGCAUUUUGGCGGCUUAUUUUUCAAUAGACUGAGAUUUGCAAAAUUGGAUCUGAAUCCAGCUUAUAUUUAUUUCUUCAUGAAUGUCGAGCAAUUUGCAUUGUUCUAUAUGUGUAUGGGAAUCUUCCAUGUUUAUCCUGUAUCCUUGUAUACAACUUGACCCGAAACAAUGAUUCCUCACAGUAAUACGUGUCUUUGGUAGUGACAGGUUCAUAUACUCUUUGACCCAUUACAAUUCCAAAAUAUUUGUGAUGAAAAAUCGUCCCAGGUUCGAUCCUUUAAUCUUUUUAUUUGAUCACUACAAGUCUCUCCGAUCCAUUGGCUAGUGGAUAGACGACGACAUGUCGAAUCAUCUCAUAUAACAAUUUUUAACUUGUAGCAUGCUGUAAGGAGACAUAUUUUGUGUCACUUCUUGUCUUCUAUGGAAAUACUGUGCAGAAUCGUGUCUUUAUAAUUUAUUAAUAAUUUAUUUGAUUUGCUUCCUAUGAUUUAAUUUUUAAAAUACGAUGUGAUGCAAAACUUCUGAAUCUAUUUGUAUUAUUCAAUUGUAACAUGGGUAUAAGAAACAUAUUUAAAAUUUUACCUAUCAUAAACAAACAUAUAUCUACUUUUUAUACAUUUUGGUGUUUAUAUGGGCACAAAAAUAUUUGUUGACUAUGUAGAUUAGGAAUUUUUGAAGAACUUUUAACGUCGCUUGACAUGAAGAGAGAGUGAGAUUUCUUAAAGAUGUGCUGGUUAUUGAUUGCGCCAUAUAUUUCAGUUGAAUGUUGAUGAAGUUGAGAGUAAUUAAAAUUAUUAUUCGCACUUGUAUUAAUUGUCAGCAAAUAAGAAGUGUGAAACAACUGUAGGACGAAAGCCAUGAAAAAGGCAUCUGUACAUGAGACGCAUGAAAAUAAAUUGUUUUAAGAUGUCAAGAUGUGUGUGCUGCCUACUGUAGACGCAGUAAAAUGGCUUUCUCGCGAUUUCUUUUCAGGAAUACUACAAAAUAAAUCCGUAUAACAGAAACGUGAUUUUAUUGUACAUAUCUGUGACUGCUCACAAUUUUUUGAAGCGAUUUAUUUUAAAAUAACGACUGCGCAGCUUUUUGGCAUGACAACUUUUUUAACAGCUAUAAUUUUUUACUCCUAAUGAGCCAUUGAAUUUUUUUAUUAUCUUUUAUAACUGCUAUAGAACUACGAAGUAUCUUUGAGGUAUCGAUUUUUGGCCAAAUGGAAUACUUUUUAAGUGGAAAAUGAACAAAUUUCCUAAAAUAUAAAAUAAUCUUGGCUAACUCUAAUAAAGAUUUUCCAAAUAAAUGGCAUGUACAAAAAUUCAAUAUUUGUUGGGUUAUUGAAUUCAAUAAAACUAGCACCAAACUUUUCUUUCAAUCUUAGACAAAUCAGAUGGAAAACAAUAGAAGUUAUUAAUAAGACAUUUAGAAAGGAGUGAAACAAGAAUAAAAUGACGGUACUUGCAGUUAAAGGCGAUAAUGAUACUUGUUCUGGUAGACUUUCAAACACAAUAACGCCAGUGAUUUUUAUCUUAUGUGAUUAAAGGAGAUCGUCGCUUAAAUGUAGGAGAACUUGAUUUUGGAAUACCAAAAACUAAUAUUUAGAGAAUGUUAAGAGAAAGAUUAUUACUGGUGAUAGAUCAUGGGUUUAGAGCUGAUUCAGAAACAAAGAGACAGUUCAGCAUUCUGAAUUUAGAAAACCAAACACCACGUUAAAACCGAAAACAAAGAUAGUCCACAAUAAUGUAAAGGACGCACUAAGGAAAAUUCCUAAAACUUGCAGAAAGCAGAAACACGACUGGGAUCUUGCCACUGGAAGAACAACAUAGCUGCGAUAUGAAAGUAGAAGAGAUUCUAGAACAGAUCUCGUAUAUUGGGUCUUUCAUUCCGGUGAACUUUCUCAUACUCCAUGUCAAGCGGUCUUAUAUAAAAUAGGACGUGGUUACUUCCUUAUUUAAAACUCACGCCACCAAGUGAUUAAUAAAAUUAAAGCCUUGAUAUUUGUCGCAAUAUCUUAUUUAAGGUUUUUGUAGUGACUAUUUCCACAUCAGCAAUGUAGUGUAUGAAGGCAAGAGUGCCUGAUCAAUGUGAAGAUCUAUAUUUACUUCAAACGUUAGGUGAUCGCUACUUAAUGUGCAGUGGAUACCGUAGUGUGCAGAAGAAACCCUCCAUAGCAAUCAAGACGCCUAAAAACAAAGUACAAGGACAGUGACUUAGGCGAUCUGCACACAAACAUUCAAAUUCAAAUUAAUUAUCCAUACUUAGUCCUAUGUGCUUUUUUACGUUAUUUUUAAUCUUGGAACCAAAUACUCUUUAUUAUAUGAAAAAUUAGAUUUGUGCUAACAAUGAUGGAAAAGCGCACAGAAUUUACAAAUAUCGGCUAUGUCAGUGAAUUGAUGAGAAAGGCGGUACCUUCGAGAUGUUUUUUAAAAUCCAUGAGACUUCGAAUCUACCUUUAAAAAAAAUCGGUAUUUUUUAUACUUUGUUAUGAUUUCUUAAAAUAAGGAAAUAACCAAGCCCCACCUGUUCCAAGUAAAUAUUUCUUGGAAGGUUUGUUGUCAUUAAUAUAUUACUAUUACCUUAUUGUUGAUUUUGUUAUUGAAACUGUUAGAGAAAAGACAGUAAUGGAUGUUCAGGUGUGAUUUCAAGUCAAGAACAGUUACUCACUUUAGCACUUGCUCAAUAAUCGGUAUUUUACUGUAUAUGUGAAAUUGAUGUGAUCAAAAUUGUUGUGUAUUAUUUAGGAGUGUUCCGUAAAUUUCACACUCCCUGCUUUUUAUUAUGAUAGCCUAGAAUUUUGUACUUGUUUUAUUAUAAAAUGCAAAUAAAUAUAUACAUUCUA